AUGGGAGUUGAGAAGUUUGAAAUGGAAGACACAGAUUCUACUCUGAUGGAGAAGGGCAAGAAGACGCCUGCACCCAGACCUCCCAACAAGUACGAGAAGCUGUUCCAGCCCUGCUUGGCAGAGAUAGUGGGCACCAUGUUCUUCGUUUUCAUCGGUUGUGUGUCUGUCAUUGAGAACGUGCCGGCAGCUGGCAGGGUGCAGCCUGCACUGGUGCAUGGACUGGCAGUGGCAGUGAUGGUAGCAGUCAUGGACAACAUCAGUGGCUCCCAUUUCAACCCUCCUUUCACCAUCGCCAUCUACCUGUGUGGAGGCAUGGAGCUGAUGAUGGUGGCACCCUACCUGGCCAGCCAGCUGAUUGGAGGAGUUCUGGGGGCUGGGAUGGCAAAGAUGAUGGUACCUGCAGACCGCUACUGGAACGCCACAGGAGCAGCGUUUGAUAUCCUUAAGUCAGAAAGCCAGCUGCCCGGUGCUGUCUUUGGAGAGGUGGCCAUGACUUGCCUGGUCACCAUGGUGGUGCUGCUGGUGGCGGUCAACACCAAGACAAAAACCCCCCUGGCUCCUUUCCUGGUGGGCUGCACUGUCAUCAUUAACAUCCUCGCUGGAGGUGAUGUAUCAGGAACGUGUCUAAACCCUGCCAGGGCUUUUGGCCCCGCUGUGAUGGCUAACUACUGGACCUACCACUGGGUUUACUGGGCGGGACCAAUAGGAGGAGGCCUGGUGGCUGCUGCAUUGCUCAGGCUCAUUCUUGGUGAUGAGAAGAUACGGAUUGUUAUGAAAUAAUAUAAUCAUAACGCCUCUUUUUUAAAGAUAGACAGCCCCAUUCAUACCCUGAAGACAAUGAAGCUGGAGACUGUCUGAAACUCAGUAGACCAGCAGAUGUCAGU